CCGUGUCACCACGUGCUCGAGCACGUCAGCACCACACCGCGUGCCAUUCGCACCGUUCCCGUAACAAAUUUCUAUGCGCAUUAUGUAUAAACUCGAGUACCCAUUGAGCAUGCUAUAUUUCGCGUGUCGAUCCUUAAUGCUGAACCUCCCGUACCCGAAUUACCUUCCGCUGAGCAUAUCCCCUUCAUGGUUUGGCCUCAUAGUCGCAGUCUGUGUCCUCAAGAUGAACCCCCGCUGCCGCAACUUUUUCGCCACACGCGUAGUGAGGCCCACCGUCACCUCUGUCUUCGACUUGGCAUAUAGAAAGACCCGCAAGGAAACUCUGCAAGCUCUCAACGGGGUAGUCUCCUACGAUGACGAGUUGAACGAGGCCGACACCAUCAGGGUACUCGAGCUGGGCAUUGGAACGGGCGCCAAUUUUAAGUACAUUCAUCGAGCCAUCCGACUGGUUGCUGUGGAGCCCAAUUUGGCCCUCCAGAAGAGUAUGCUGAAGGCAUUGGAGGCAUUUCCGAAUAUCGUUCUCGAAGGCGUCCUUGGUGCCUUUGGAGAAAACAUGGUGAUGGUGCCCAGCGAAUCUGUCGAUGCGGUUGUCAUCACCCACGUCUUAUGUUCUGUCACGGACGUCGGGCAGGUCUUAUUUGAGAUAAAGAGGGUACUUGUUCCGGGCGGAAAGCUUAUUUUCAUGGAGCACGUCGCCUAUCCCGACCACACCUGCGCCUUCACGAUCCAGAAAGCUCUGGAACCAAUUGCGUAUCUCAUUAGUUGUCCGUGUGAUAUGAGAAGACGAAGCGACGCCGCCAUCUUGGAAGCUGGAUUUGCUUGUGUGUCCAUGAGGGAGGCGUACAUUCCUGUGCUUUCCACGUUUCAACGGCACAUUUACGGCGUCGCAACGAAGGAUACACGCUGAAAUAUGCCUAAUUUUUAUUGUACACAAUGUUCAAAUUGCACCAAUUCUAAACACAAGCUUCCGGCUAAAAAGAAAAAAUUAAAACUUUUUAGCGACUUA